AAGGUUUAAAGUUAAAAGUUAGUACAAAAAUGAAUGCAAGCUUUUUUUUCCCCCCCACCUUUUUUUUUUUAAAGGUAGUUUUAUUUUUUUUCAACUUUUUAAUUUUAACUUUUAAAUUACAAAACUUCAAUGAAUGAUAACUCACCUGUUAGCAUCACUUUGCAUGUUAUUAACCAAACACAAAGAUAACGGAAGGAUUUACGAAAAUUGGUUUGGAGCUUUUGUUUGUUACGCACCUGUGUACAUACUGUUGGAAAGUCCUCGCUCAAUUCGACAGAAUACAUGGAGCCUAUAGAUCGUUUAAAUUCGAAUUGCCUGUUUGCUGAUAGUAACUACUAUGACAAGGAGGAUGUUAUUAAGAAUUUAUAUAACACAGUGCUUACCAGGACGGUUAAAGAGAUAGACGAAAAAAACUACAAUUUAAUUGAAACGUUGGUGAAGUAUGAAGGGGAGAUAAAUAGAUGUAUUGACAUGAGCAACUAUUACAUUAACGAAGCAUUCUCAUCAACCUUAAAGACAGAAAAGGUAAGACGCAGGUUGAGGGUACACAUCUACACCGUUUUCAAUGAUGGCGACAAAGAAAUGAAUUAUCCAGCUGAUAUUGAAAUAGCAGAUUCGGAGAAUAUUUACAAGUAUGCUUCUCCCUCGUCUUUUACAUUUAACAUUCAUGGCUAUAUUUUAAAUGCCGAUGAAAGUGAUUACCAUAAUGAUGCUGAUUCGCCUGGCGUGCAUACGGUCCCAGCCAACGCAAGCAAAAAUGAUGAUAACGAUUUGAGCCAUUUAGUAGACGAAAGUAAGACGAGAACUAAGGAUGCGGACAGCAAAUGUUCAGGCACAGACAUCGAUGAUUUAUCGGACGCGAAUGAGCAGAUAGAUUAUUGCAACACCACUGUUAUGAAAUUCACAUCCUUCUUUUCAACCAUCAUGGUUAUGCGAGACAAAGAAACGAUUAUUUAUGAUAAGAAUAAUAAGAAUUAUUACGAUUGUGAUAAGCUAACAUUUAGUCGUAUAGUGAAUGAAAAAAAAAAGGAGACAAUUAAAAUAUUUCUUUUUUUAGACCAAAAAAUACCAUUUUUCGAACUUUCGCCUCAGUUAAAGAAUUUUAUGCAGUCCCCCGAAGAAACCAUGCCGGAAGUUAUAAAGCGUAUUUAUGAAUAUAGCCUAGAAAAGGAAUUAAUUGAUUCGAAUGGGAUUAUGAGAACGGAUGAAGUGUUAAGAGACGUGUUAGAGGUAGAUGAAUACGAAUUUUGUGAGUUACCCAGAAUUUUACAGAAGCAUGUUUCCAUUCAGAAGCCGAUAGUUCUAGAGCACGUCGUUGAUCUAGAGAAGGAGGAUGAAUCGGAGAGCAUCUACGAUAUCGUAGUGGACAUUUUUGAACCCUUCAUCGCUUUCGAAGAUGGCAAGCUUCAAAAAUUUGUUCUGGAUUCACAUCGCCUCAGUAAUUUGUUACAGUUUUUGAAAAUGAAUGAAUCGAAGGAUGGCAGCAGCGAUAAAAUGAGCAAGAGUCAUGUUGAAAAUGUGGGGAGUUCCAAAGAAGGCAAGCAAGUAGACGAGUGUGAUGGGAAAGCGGACGAAGCGGACGAAGCCGUUGAGGCGAAGAGCAGCGCCGAGCAGAAUGGAGAUGCACCAGAAGAGGAAACCUCCCAUCGUGAGAACGCCGAAGAGGAGGGCGAAACAAACGUGUGCGAAGAAAAAGGUAAGAAAGAAAAGCGGUCAGGUAAAGAAGGCUCUUCAUCGCACAAGGACAGUGAUAAAAAAGAAGCGAAUUUAAAUUCGCCAACAAUUUCUAUAUUUGAAAAGCUAAAUGGAAUACAAAGCGAAAUAGACAACAUGGAUGAGGAGAUUAUAAACAUCUUAUGUAAAAUUAAACAGAAAAAUAGCCUAAGGCUACGUUACACAAAUUUUUAUGAAAACCCAUGUGGCUUUAUUGACCAUGUGAUGAAUAGCAAAUUCCCAGUAGACUUCGAAAGUGUAAACGAUAAUAACUAUAUAUACGACCAAGCGGCAAAUAUCAAUGAUGAUAAUUAUUACAAACUGCCGUGGGUUCAUAGGGGAAUUUCAAAAUAUUUGUUAAUUAAAAAUAAAAACUUUGACGACGUGCUCAAGUCCGUCUUAAAUUCAAUGAACUUAGAUUGUAAAAGGAAGUUAGACGAUAUGAAUACAAAUGAAAGUAAAAAGCAGAAAGUACAUCUAGGUGCAGAGGAAAGUUUCGAUAAUAACCCCUAUAAAUUUAACAUGAAUUAUAGCUAUCAGAGCCAGCCAGAUUUAAAUAACAAUGCGUAUUUUUACUAUCCAAACAAAAAUAUGAAUUUUAAUAAUGCACCAGAGCCGUUUAUUAACAACCCUAUGCCAAAUUUCUGCAAUAAUAUGAAUUACGAAAGCAGCAACAUGCCUGUGCCUGUGCCUGUGACUAUGCCCGUGCCCGUGGCUAUGCCUGUGACCAUGCCUGUGGCUGUCCCUGUUCCCCCCCCCUUUCCCAUUGAAAUGAUGGCAUUCAACGGGAAUGGCAAUAAAUUGCCAGAAAAUAUGAAUCCACAAAAUAAUUUCAUGCAGCAUAACGAACAAGGUAAUUUUAACAUGUAUGCGCAGCAAGUUGCACCAUAUGCGCCAUACAUGAUGAAUUACCCCCCUUUUAAUGAAAUGCCUCCGCAAAACGGUUUUAAUCCUUUGUACCCCGGGGCGGUUCCUAUGGACGGAGUGUAUCCCAAUGGGAACUUCUACAAUGCGAACAACUACAUUCCGUAG